AGUGAUCUUGGAAAAAUUGGAUCGUUCGGAGGAAAAGAAAACGACAGUGACGAAAUCGAAAACGAUCCAGUGAUUUUUGUUCACGGUGCUUCUGAUGUCGCUGGUAGCAAAAUGAAGGUUCUUGCUGACCAGUAUAAAGUGUGUUGCUUAGAAAAUCGGGCUACACUGAAGCAGAGUUAUACUCCACUACAUAUGGUCACGGAGCACAGGGAAAUCCUCUUCAAUGGACUUUGUAUUCGAUGCGAUGUGAAUUCAUUAAGCAGGCACAUCCGCGCUCUGAUCUUGGCGGUUCGGUUUUACGCUCGGCGGAAUGUAGAUAUCGUGGCUUUCUCACUUGGAGUUCCAAUAACCAGGAAGGCUAUUCUUGGAGGCAAAAACAAUAUUUUUCGGAUCUGCUUUGACACAAAAGAAAAUCUCGGUGUUCCUUUAACUCGAUACAUCGACACAUUUGUUGGUAUAUCUGGUCCUAAUCAUGGGAUGACAUUCAAGGUAGCCGGACUGCCUGUGCCGACUUGCGCGCUGGGAACACUACCUAUUUGUGACAAAGUUAUAGGAUUGUAUUCGGGUUUGUGUCCAAUGGAGAGUGAUUUCCUUCAUGAUAUUAACGGAAAGUAUCAUUACGAGGGUGAUCGAGUGUACUCGAUAUAUAGUCACGCCGACGAAAAAAUUGGGUACAAAGUGUGCAACAAGGUGAGUAGUGAAUUUUGGAGAAAUAAUGCAAUUGGAUUCAUUGCUAGCUGA